AUGAGAAGAAUCGACGAUAGAUGGACUAAAAGAACGCUAGUGUGGAUCCCAAGGGACGCUAAACGCCCCCGAGGGAGACCGCCAACGAGAUGGGGUGACGUGUUCGCUGCACGCAUGGACCAGCUGAGAGCUCAGCUGGAUACGGCUCAAGGACCUCGUCAACGUGGAGGACAUCCAUUUUGUCCUUGCGUCUAUGUGGUACAAAUAUUCGACAAAUCUCCAGCGGAAACUGAUGCCAGAAUCCGAGCAGGCGAUGAAAUUGUUGCAGUGAAUGGAAUCUGUGUUAAAGGAGAGAGAAAAUCGGCAGUUGCACAGCUAAUUCAGUGCAGCACGAAUCCUGUUAAGAUAACAAUAAACAAGUUGGAGACGGAUUCAUCAAAAGGCAAAACACUAGACAUCAUUAUGAAGAAGAUUAAGCACAAGAUGGUUGAAUUCAUGGAUGCUGAUUCGGCAGAUGCACUGGGCCUUUCUAGGGCGAUCCUAUGCAAUGAUCCGCUGUUGAAAAAAAUGAAGGUACUCGAAGAUAACACCCUACUCUAUAGGAACUUGAUAGGAUAUUUCAGUGAUCUCUUUUACUUUCAAGAGAAAAUCAGUUAUUAUCAGAAAGAAUUCGGCGACGUAUUCUGUGAAUUAGCCGCCCAUGAAGCUCACGCAAAUGCAAACGAGACUUUCACUGUGUUUGGAGAAGCUCACCGACAACUGAGCAAGAAACAAAGCGAUUCGCUGAAGAAUCUGCGGCCGCUUAUAGCUGAUCUCGUGACCUACGUGGACAAAGUAAUUCCAGACACACAACUAACUUUGAAGAAGUACCUAGAUGUAAAGUACGAGUAUUUAUCUUAUUGUCUGAAGUUAAAAGAAAUGGAUGACGAAGAGUUAGAGUACCAUUCCCUCAAUGAAGGUUUGUAUCGUGUGGAAACUGGAAACUACGAGUACAGAUUGAUGCUUCGCUGUCGCCAAGAAACAAGACAGAAAUUCGUCCAAAUGCGAAACGACGUCAUGGUCAAAAUUGAACUGCUCGACCAGAAGCAUGUGAGGGACAUUGCACUUCAUUUGACGAAUCUCGCCACUGUAAUGAAAGAAUGCCUGGCUGACUGUUCGUCUGUACUUCAGAAUACUCAAAAUUAUCCUAUAGAGAUCGAUAUUACACAGAGUGGAAAAGAGUCGUCGUUGUAUGUUGAGCAUUCUACUGAGGACAAUGGUAAUGACAAGCACAGUUGCGAAGAGCAGCUCAUAAACACCUCUCUGCCCGAGGACUUGGCAGAUGAUAUCAAUUUAAUUGAUAUAAAUUAA